UCUAAUCAGACAGCUCUAGAGAUAGCUUCGCUCGGCCGAGGAAAACGGAAUCCAUAAUAAUAAUCGAGGAUUCCACGCUUGGUCGCGAGCCGGGGUGGCAGCUUUCCCCGCAAGCAAAAGGCCCCCCCCGUGGGCCCUAUCUGUCUUCUAUCUGAAGCCUUUUUGUCCCAAUCGCCCCGUCAUCGUAAUCGAGACCGAAGUCGUUGGGUCAUGCCACUCGGCGAUGGCCUACUUGGCCCAACGCCCAGAACUGCCUCUUCAGGCGAGGACCCAGCCGCGCGCGUUCUUCCACGCGCACGCCCCCGCAGUCGAUGGAUCGAAGGCCCGUCUAGAGCCACACUCCUCCAGAUGGAGGGCCUCGCUGUGUCGUCUUUGGCUCCCCCUGCAGGAUGUUCGGGCUGGCUGGGCUGGACCGCUCUGCACGCAAUCUUCAGCAGGGCUGCGAGCGUCCCGUCGGUCCCGUCGCAGCCCUACUGCGUGUUCGUGUUCACGGGCUGCAAGCCUGAAGGGAAAAGAAUGUCUUGCACUUCGUAUUUGGCAGCAAACGAGCUGCAGUCAGCUAGCGGUGACGAGUUGCGUUGGGCUUUGACUGGGCCUGCUGGGUUUGCUGGGUUUGCUGGGCUUCAUCAGGGCGAUUCAUUCGGUGGGGACAACGCAUCAACAAAAUAUUGCUCUGCUGGCCGGGCCUCCGCCAAAAAGCAAGGCGACCGACGUGCGUAGCUACGGGCCCGGCACCCGCUACUGAUGGGUUGUCCGCCGUACUGCACCCAGUCGUGUCCGCCCGGUUGGGUUGCACACCUCGGAAUGUCUCGAUGCCCUCCUCGAGCGCUGCCGUUGGCCAGGGCCGCCCAGCACCUGACUCACUCUUGUCUGUCGCAGCGCCAUGCUUCCCGUCGUGGGCGACCAGAAAAAUUUUCCGCCCUGAGCGAAAAUCGUCUUGACCGCCACUGAUAGGUGUCCGGGUCAUGAUCGAGUCAUGGGUUCCGCGCAAAGCUUGUGUUUGUU